AAGGGAAAUCACAUGCCUAUCCUGCCCUUGCUUUUGCUGGCUUUCCCAGUUGUUACCAGAUAAAUUUCCAAGCAGUAGCGUAAAAGAAUUCUGUGCAUAGCCUGCAGAAAAAUCUAUAAAUUGGGGUGUUUUCAAGCAAGAAGUUGUUCCCAUAUAUUGCAGCCAAAAGCUGCCAGCACUCUGAGCCACAGGGUUUCACUAGGUUUGCACCUCUCCAACUUCACGCUCCUUCUGAGAGCACAGCAGCCAAACAACCUAGGGGAGGAUUUCAGGAAAGCUAGAGGAAACUUCGGGGAAGCUGCAGCAGAGCGGAGCUUGUGCUGCUGGCAGGCUCGGAGCGCCCAGCCCUGGCUGCCGCUGCGAUGCGAGCCCUCCUCCCGCUGCCGCUCGGGAGCGUUUGCCUGGAGCUGGGAACCGCACACGGCUGAGCUCAGAAGUUUGGGCAUGGCUCUGAGGAGACUGAGAAGCUGGAGAACCCAGACUCCCACAGACCGGAGUGCUGACGCACGUCCUAGGAGCCUUCUAUUUCCCAGAGCCUUCAUCUGCGCUAGGGACAGAGCAGGCACAGCUCAAAGACACUCACACCUGAAAGGAUCUCAUUUUGGAUUCUGCUGCUGUUAACAGAGCUCUACAGACCUGCUCAUAUCCACAGAGGGGAAAAAAAAAAAAAAAAAAAAAAAAAAAAAAAAGAGGAAAAUUCUUCGAAACAGCAAGAUACUUUUCAAGAAGGGGAGUGGAAGGAGGCAGUUUUUCCCCUCCUUCCCUGUUUGGGAGAAAGGAGUUGCCCAACCUGGUCAUGAGACUUUUCCAUACUUCCCAAAACAGGCUCCUGAAGUUCUGACACUGCUCCACUGAGAGCCUGGGGUAGCGUAGUCCAGAACAACCCCCCAGCAGCACACCCUGCGUGCAGGCAGCCUGGUAGGCACAGGAGAUGGAGAAUGAGGUUGGCAAAUCCGUGGACAAUCAAAUGGACAAAUACAUAGUUACAAUAAUGGGGAAAUCAGAAAGUCAAAUGGAUAUUGUGGAAAAAUCAACAAAAUCUGGGAAGAAAUCCGGGAGCUUUGUGGCAAUUGGUCUGGCUGUCUUGCUGCUCCUCAUGACUUGUGCAGUGGUCGCCCUGGUGAUCCUGUAUGCCAGCAGCAGAGGCUCUCACUAUGGCGCCAAUUCAGGCAACAUAUGUACCACACCUGGAUGCGUUACUGCAGCUGCUAGAAUAAUUCAGAAUAUGGACCCAACAGCCGACCCUUGCAAGGAUUUCUACCAGUAUGCCUGUGGGGGCUGGCUGAACCGGCACGUUAUCCCAGAAACUAGCUCCAGAUACAGCAUUUUUGACAUCCUGAGAGACGAGCUGGAGAUCAUCCUAAAAGGUGUGCUGGAGACUUCAGAUCAAGGGGACAGAGAAGCAUUUCAGAAAGCUAAAAUACUUUACAAGUCAUGCAUGAAUGAGAGUCUUAUAGAGCAACGAGAUUCACUGCCUCUGCUAGAGGCCUUAACGAUGGUUGGAGAUUGGCCUGUGGCUUCUGCAGACUGGAAUAAAACCAAAGAGCCAAACUGGAGCAUGGAAGAGAAACUCUCCAUCAUGAACUCCAGAUUUAACAAGCGUGUCCUCAUUGACAUGUUUGUAUGGAAUGAUGACCGAGAUUCCAGCAGACACAUCAUUUAUAUUGACCAGCCAAGUUUAGGAAUGCCAUCCAGGGAUUACUACUUUAAUGGGGGCAACUAUCAAAGAGUGAGAGAAGCUUACCUGCAGUUCAUGAUCACCACUGCCAAAAUGAUCCGGGAAGACAAGAAUAUGCCUAAAGAUGAUUCCUUUGUCCAAGAGGAAAUGGCAAAAGUUAUGGAGCUUGAAACAGAGAUUGCAAAUGCAACUACCCCAGCAGAAGAAAGGCACGAUGUAACCUUGUUGUACAACAAAAUGACCUUAAAAGAGCUACAGGAAAAGUUUGCAUUGAACGAAUUUAACUGGACCUUCUUCAUCCAAGGUGUCAUGUCUUCAGUAAGUGUUCAGGUUGACCCAGAGGAAGAGGUUGUUGUAUAUGGCAUGCCCUAUCUGCAAGAGCUGAAAGCAAUUCUCUCCAAGUACUCAGCAAGCACCAUCCAGAACUACCUCAUUUGGCGAUUGGUGAUUGAUCGAGUCAGCAGCUUGAGUCGGCGUUUCAAGGACGCUCGGGCCAGCUAUAGGAAGGCACUUUAUGGGACAACACUGGAAGAAGCCCGCUGGAGGGAGUGCGUGAGUUAUGUCAACAACAACAUGGAGAACGCAGUGGGGGCAAUGUAUGUCAGGGAGACAUUUGCUGGUGAGAGCAAGAGGAUGGUCCGAGAUUUAAUAGAUAAGAUACGUGAAGUGUUCAUCGAGACUUUAGAUGAGUUACAGUGGAUGGAUGAGGCAUCUAGAGAGAAAGCCCGUGAGAAGGCAAUGGCAAUUAAAGAACAAAUUGGCUAUCCGGAUUAUAUUUUGGAAGAUCAGAAUGAAAAACUAGAUCAGGAAUAUGCCAAUUUGAACUUCAGUGAGCAUAAUUACUUUGAAAACAUUCUGGAAAACCUGAGAGCCGGAGCCCAGAAGAGCUUGAAAAAACUUCGCGAGAGAGUUGACCAAGAUAUAUGGAUAAUUGGAGCUGCAGUGGUCAAUGCAUUCUAUUCCCCCAAUCGGAACCAGAUAGUUUUUCCUGCUGGGAUUCUACAGCCCCCCUUCUUCAGCAAACACCAACCACAAGCCCUAAACUUUGGAGGAAUCGGGAUGGUCAUUGGGCACGAAAUUACUCAUGGGUUUGAUGACAAUGGUAGGAAUUUUGAUAAAGAUGGAAAUAUGCUUGACUGGUGGAGCAAUUUCUCAGCUAUGCAUUUCAAGGAGCAGUCUCGUUGCAUGGUUUAUCAGUAUGGGAACUACACAUGGGAGCUCGCUGGAGGACAAAAUGUCAGUGGAAUAAGCACAUUAGGAGAAAAUAUUGCAGAUAAUGGAGGAGUCCGACAGGCUUAUAAGGCUUACUUAAAAUGGCUGGAGCGGGAAGGGAAGGAGCCAAAGUUGCCUGGACUGAAUCUGUCCCACAAACAGCUUUUCUUCCUCAACUUUGCUCAGGUUUGGUGUGGUUCCUACAGACCGGAAUAUGCCAGCCAGUCAAUAAAGACAGAUGUUCACAGCCCUCUGAAAUACAGAGCAACAAUCUCCAUGCACUGCAUCCAUGUACGUUCCUUCUCUUUGUUUAGGGUGAUGGGAUCUUUGCAGAACUUUGAAGCAUUCUCAGAGGUGUUCCACUGUAAAAAAGGCACAGCCAUGCAUCCUGCAGAGAAAUGCAGAGUGUGGUAACCAAAAAGAACACUGGCGAGAAUGACACAUACUCUGGUGACACAACAAACAGUUCUUGCCAGUGGUGUGCCUGACAUUCUCCCCUUCAGUCACCGCCAAGGCCAAUGGUGCAGCUACUGUAGUGAGGAUCCAGGAAACCACGUCCCUGGAGCUCUCACAGUUCCACUGGGAAGUACACGGGUAUCUCAGUGACUGACGGGCUGUGCUGAAAGCCACAGUAUGCUCCAGAACAGAAAUGACUGUUUCAAAUGACAUCCUGACUGUUAUUAAGAUACUGCAUCAGGGUUACAAAGACUAAUUCUUAAAUAAAAAACAAAACCAACAAACAAGGAUAUAUCUAUUUUUCAGAAAGGAACAAUAAUUUUAAUAUGUCUUGCAACUACACCUUCUGAGACUCAGCAAACCUGUUUCAGAUGUUUCACGGAACUGUUUUCCAGUAUUCUGAUUCAGUUUCUGGUGCGUUCUUCCCAAAUCCAGGUUAGAGCUAGUUUAAACUCUCACGCUGUCUGUAUACUUGCACUUCGAUUACUGCUUUGUUGUAAGAGAUUGCUAUUUGUCUUGAUACGUUACCAAGUGAGCUGUAUGUUAAGAUGUCUGUCAGCUGCUGACUUCCUGCAAGGCUGCACUCGAGUUCCUUUGCUCCAAAGAACAACUGUAACAGGACCUUAAAGUGAGGUAUUACUAGAUUGAAAGAUCACGUUUUCAGGAGUACAAACUCUAUUGUUAUGGUUAAAAUUACAAGGUCCCUCCCUUCAGAUAUAUAUUUAAAACGAUGUUUAUUCUUGUAGAAGGUGUAUAAAAUAAUUUUGCCAAAUAGCAAACAUGUAUCCAUGGAAACAAUUAAGCUGUUCUUAAUCCUGUGCCUUUUUGUUUUGCCAUAGGCUAUUUUUCAGUAUUUACAUUUGAAAAUGUAACAAGUAUUAAUUUUUAAUAAAAAAAAAAAAUCACAGUGGCCAAUUCAGCAAGCAUUUUACUAUAGAGAGUUUUGGGUGGCUUUCCUCAGUAAGCACACUAAAAUAAUAUUUUAAACUGCCAACACUUAACAGUGAAUUUUAAAUACUCCUCCAGACUUUCUAGCGCAGAAAUCACUAGAAACCAAGACAGUAACUACUAGUGCUCAGCUUACAAAGUGCCAAAUCACACUAUUCAUUUGCUUCACAGGUUUCAGCGCACCACUAGCAAAAGGUUUGAUUACCUAAACAACAGGGAAGAAAAUGAAAAUCACUUAACAGAAGCAGCUUUAGAGAUGACCCACUGCAUUACUCUGGCCUUUUGACAAUAAGAGCUGGCUAAAUCACUGAAUUAAACCCUCCUGAUUUUUGCAUGAAUUUUACCUGCUAAAGUGAAAUCAGUCUACACAUAAAUUGCUGCUUUUACUGUAGCUGAGAAUAUAUAGUUCAAUUACAUUUUAUUUCUAUCUUAAAAGUAAUCUUGGAAGAUAACUUUCUCAGAGGAUUGGUGCUACCUCAGGGAUUAACCACUCUUCUAUGCCCUUCAAGGUCUCAGAGUUAAGUACAGAAGGGAGAAUAAAUAGUAAGAGGGUUUAGUUGCAAGUUUACUCAUUUAAUCUCUUUUCAAAAGACUAAGAACAGACCGUUCAGCACCCACCAGCAGAGUUGCUUACUGCAAAGAACUACUCCACAAAGCAUAGAUUUUGGCUUUCAGCGCAGUUAAUAACAAUAGAAAAAGUGUUUCACAUCUAAUUCUUUUCUAUGCUGCACCUCAGGUGACUAUAUAUACUGACCUCUUCAAGGGAAUGCAACUUGAAUUACGUUUUGGUUGUGUGUUUAUUUGAGCUGUGUGUCUGUUACCUGAGGAGAACUGCACUUGACCACAUCGUUUCUAACAAAGAUCCUGAUUCAAGGCAAAAUAAGUGGGAGGAAAUUAUAUUUUUUUCAGAUGGGAAUUGUUGGAUUCACAGACACAAGUACCUGAAAACCAUAGGAUUGAUCCACACUAAAAAACAACAAUACAGGAAUGGUGGAGAGUGCAUUGACAAGCUCCGAGACCCCUUUAAAAAAAAAAAAAAAAGUUACAAUACUGCUUCCCUUUAAGUGACUUCAAAGCUCUUAAAGGAAACGUGGAGGUACAGAACCUGGCAUGUGUGUCCUGCUCAUGCCUCCAUACAGUCUGAAGUCCUUCAGAUGUUAAAACUUUUGGUUCUUCUGAGACACACCGUGAGAUGUUUAUGUGCUGUUACAGUUGGAUAAGGUACUGUGUGCUCCUGGUACUUUACCUCAGAGCUGGGUUAGUUAAGAAUACAAAACUCCCCAGAUUCACAGUAAUAUUACUACACUUACUGUUUGUCUGUUUUGGAGAGUUCUGGUUCUCUCUGACACUGAACACCAAAACCUUUUGAAGUCAGACUUAAUACUGCUACUAAAACACAGUGGAAGCAAUUUCAUAUAAUAUCACAGUAAAUCAUCCACACGACUUUAACAAAGCGGAUACAAGUUAAAGCUAGUUAGGAGGUAACACAGACCCUGCAAAACACAGAUGGGCAGUAACUAAUUUAGACAUUAAUCAAGGUUCAACUCAAAUGAUGACUAACCAUGAGCUUCUGGCUCCAUCCAGGACUACAACCGUGUAGUUAGAUCACAGAUGUAGCAGCAGAUUGGUGAGAUUCUGAUGUCCUAAUAGCCUUUAUACCAAUUUUAUUAUUUUCUGCCUACCUUCAUUAGAGAGGCAAGAAGCCAAUAUAUCAGUGAUCUGGUGAGAAUUAUGAAGCCUAAAUUCUGCAUAACAACAGUGCUUUAAGAUGUUUGCAACUGGAUGUUGAAGACAAGCCUAAUUAUGUCCCAUUCUGGUUUUUAUUCACUUUAAAAGAGUUUUUGCUCUUGAAUUAACCAAAUGCUCAAGUCCCAUGCCUUGUCAAAACUGACUGUCAUACAGACUAGGUCUGCAUUUGCUCCUGGAUUGGAUUACACGUGUAACAGGCCAGGGUCUUUAUUUUUCUAAACUGCUCUUUAUCUGUAUAAAAACUGACACGGUCCACAGCACUCCUUAGUAUGAAACGAUGUCCAAGCUUUGUUCUGGCCAUUAAGGUUCACCUUUCUCAUCACAUCUAAAACUGAUGUUCAUAGAAAGAUCAUUUGAGUACUGUUUCCUAGUGGAAGGAUUUUAAUUUAACAUUAAAUGACUGGUUACAAGACAGUCAAGUGCUCUGACAAAUCAGCUUUUGUUAUUUAAUUAUUUGUGUAUGGUGGCAGGCAAAAUAAAUGGUAUUUAACUAC